AUGCAGAGUGCACGGCACAUGUGCAGUGUCACUGACACGCCUAAUAAAAUGCAAGAUGGGAGUCAAUGCAGAAUUUGCUGUGACAGAGUUCAAGCAGAUAUCAACCUGCUAACACGUCAGCUUGCAGCAGCUUUCAUCAGACCAUCACCCGUAAAUAAUAUGACAAACAACACAGAAGAAAGUGAAAUAAUCUAUUAUGAUGAAGAAACCUCUGACUCUGAUCAUCAUAUGCUGCACGAUUACAUUUUGCCAGUUCUGUAUUCUGUCACCUGCGUUACUGGACUGGUUGGCAAUUUGCUUAUUAUUAUCAUUUAUGCCUUCUAUGAGAAGAUGAGAACUCUCACCGACACCUUCAUGGUAAACUUAGCAAUGGCGGAUAUAUUCUUUCUCUGCACUUUACCAUUCCUGGCAUAUCAAGUGGCCCAAGGCUGGAUCUUCGGUGAAGUCAUGUGCAAAAUUACCCGUGUGGUGUACAGAAUAAACUUGUACUGUUCCAUGCUCCUUCUUACCUGCAUCACUUUCGACAGGUUUAUUUCCAUAACACAGGCUAAAAAAUUUAACAUGUACCAUUCGAAGAAACAUAGCUUGGGAAAGUUAGUCUGUAUGAUUGUCUGGUUGGUGUCGCUGUUACUUGCAGUGCCACAAUUUAAGUACAGUGUGACCAGUAAUGAAAACUGCUUUGAAGUUUAUGAUCCACCCCAUCUAGAGGUGAUGGUUAACUCAUUUCAAAUUACUGUUGGGGUUUUUCUACCGUUAGCUGCAAUGAUUUUUUGUUACACUUUCAUAAUUAAAAAACUGAUAUUUGCUAGCAAUUAUCAGAAACAUAAGUCAAUAAAAAUCAUUUUUAUGGUAGUGAUGGCCUUCAUUGCAACUCAGCUGCCCUAUAAUAUAGGUAUAUUGUGUCAUGUUGUAUACAAAACCUUUGAUAAAACGUUUAUGCUCAUAACAGAAGCUAUAGCAUAUAUGCAUGCAUGUCUAAACCCAAUUUUAUACUUUUUUGUUGGAGUAAAGUUUAGAAAAAACUUCUGGAAAAUUUUGGAAGAUUUACGUUUGGCCAAACCAAAUAUGGAAUUAUCUGAUAAUUUAAAGACUACAGACAGAGAGUCUAAAUCCAUUUCUGUCUACAACAACACAGAAGCCAUUAGUAUGAACCAGUUGUAAAAACAUAUAAAGGAAUAUGCAGCUAUAAUAUGUAAUUUUAAUUAUGUAUAGAGUUUUUAUCAACAAGUUGCUUCUCUUAGCAUGUUCCUUUUCUGACUACUAGCAAAGGCUGAUAAGGUUGCAGUGAAUUAUAGUUCAACUGGGUAACUCCGGCAGUGAUUCAGCUCUUGUUGAACUACCCUAAAGACCCUCAGGGAAUGCAGAGAGUUGUAGUGCACCAGGAGAUGAAGCGUUUCAGGUGGGAUAUUUGUUGUGUAGACAAUGCUGACCUUAUGCUUCUUGUAAAAAAGCAGUGUAAAAUAAAUGACUUUAAAUGUAAUUUAUAAAGGUGUGUAUAGUCUUUUAUGCUGCCUGUCAGUAUUUAAGAUUUCAUUUCACACCAUUAUUUUUAUGGCGUUACUAGUUCAAGUCAAUGAAAAAAAUUCAGUAAGCAAGUAAAUUCCGGUGGUAAAAAGCAUGAUUACUGUUUUUUAAACACUCAGUAGAGUUUACCCAGGAAUUUUACAAAUACAAAUUUUACACUGAAAAUUAAGUUUUUUACAUGCCCUUGAGCCCUUCCAAUCCCAUUCAUAAUAAUUCUGUUUCUGAACUGUGUAAAUGGCAGCCCCUGCUAAUGUUAAGCAGCUUCCUGUAGAUAAGAAUUGCUAAUGGCAAAACAAACUGAUAAAAUGCAGUCCCUUCUGGCAAUAGUGUAUUUCCGAAGGGAAUGGAUGGAAAUUGAGUGUAUUUUUCCUGUAGUCCUGGGUAUUUUUUUUUUUAGAUCUAAUAGAUGUAUAAAUACAUUGUACUUUAGGAAAGAAAGCUCCAGUCAUCAACAAAAUGUAUUUCACUUUUCAUUCAUUUGUAUUUAAUGAACUGUGUGUUUUUUAUUAUGUACUUUUUGUAACAUACUGUAUAUAUACCCUUUUGGUGCUAUGUAAAUAAAAUUGACAAUUAAAAA